AUGGCGUCUCUUCAAGAUGUUAGCAUGUCCGCGGCCAUUAACAUCUUGUCUGCAUUUGCAUUCCUUGUCGCUUUUGCUCUUCUGCGGCUUCAACCAAUCAAUGAUAGAGUGUACUUCCCCAAGUGGUAUCUCAAGGGGAUUAGAGGAAGCCCAACUCGCUCUGGAGCCCUUGUGAGCAACUUUGUCAAUUUGGACUUCAAAACAUACGUUAAGUUUCUCAAUUGGAUGCCCGCAGCAUUGAGCAUGACUGAAGCGGAGAUUACCGAUCACGCCGGGCUUGAUUCGGCCGUGUUCAUUCGGAUUUACCUACUUGGCUUGAAAAUUUUCAUCCCCAUAACCUUGCUUGCUCUUGUUGUUUUAGUGCCUGUCAAUUGGACGGGUAACACAUUGGAAGGGAUAAAAGAUUUAACUUUUAGCAACAUUGACAAACUCUCAAUAUCCAACGUUCCAUCUGGAUCAAAAAGGUUUUGGGCUCAUCUGGUAAUGUCAUAUGUCUUCUCAUAUUGGACGUGCUAUAUUUUAUAUCAUGAAUACAAGAGGAUAGCUUCCAUGAGGCUUCGAUAUUUAGCAUCUGAAAAUCGUCGUCCAGAUCAAUUUACGGUACUUGUGAAGAAUGUUCCCCCAGAUCCCGAUGAAUCAAUCAGUGAACAUGUUGAACAUUUCUUUUGUGUAAACCAUCCAGAACAUUAUCUUUUGCAUCAAGUUGUAUAUAAUGCAAAUAACCUUGCAAAGUUGGUUGCAAAGAAGAAGAGUCUGCAUAAUUGGCUUGUCUAUUACCAAAAUAAGUACGAGAGAAAUCCUAUAAAGAGGCCUACCACAAAGACAGGUUUCUGGGGCCUUUGGGGAAAUAGAGUGGAUGCCAUUGACUAUUAUACUGCUGAGAUUGAGAAGUUGACCCUAGAAGAAAAUGCAGAAAGAGAAAGGGUUACAAGUGAUCCAAAAGCUAAGGUUCCUGCAGCAUUUGUUUCGUUUAAAACACGAUGGGGAGCCGCGGUUUGUGCCCAAACUCAGCAAUCAAGUAAUCCUACAAUCUGGUUGACAGAGUGGGCUCCUCAGCCACGUGAUGUCUUUUGGGACAAUCUUUCAAUUCCGUAUUUUGAACUCAGCAUCCGAAGAUUGCUCAUGAGUGUUGGUCUCUUUUUCCUUAUCUUUUUCUUUAUGAUUCCGAUAGCUUUUGUUCAAUCUCUAGCCAACAUUGAGGGAAUUAUGAAGGUUCUUCCUUUCUUGAAGCCACUAAUAGAGAAGAAGGUUGUCAAGUCCGUUAUCCAAGGAUUUCUUCCGGGCAUAGCAUUAAAGAUAUUCCUUAUUCUACUUCCAACAAUUCUCAUGACUAUGUCCAGAAUAGAAGGUUUUGCCUCGUUAUCGUCUCUGGAAAGGAGAUCGGCUGAGAAGUAUCAUUUGUUCAUACUUGUCAAUGUAUUUCUUGGAAGUAUUGUUACUGGAACAGCAUUUCAGCAGCUUGAGAAAUUUAUAAAUGAACCUUCAACAGAAUUUACAAAAACUAUUGGUGUCUCAAUCCCGAUGAAAGCAACGUUCUUCAUGACUUAUAUAAUGGUUGACGGUUGGGCUGGAAUUGCUGCAGAGAUCCUUAGAUUGGUUCCUCUGGUUAUCUUCCAUCUCAAGAACACAUUUUUGGUUAAGACAGAAGAAGAUAGGGAGAAGGCAAUGGAUCCUGGUUGCUUGGACUUUGCUACAUCAGAACCUAGGAUUCAGUUCUAUUUCUUGCUAGGACUUGUAUAUUCUGUUAUCACGCCAGUGCUUCUUCCAUUUAUUGUGGUCUUCUUUGCCUUUUCCUUCAUGGUUUUUCGUCAUCAGAUUAUCAACGUUUAUGACCAGAAAUAUGAGAGUGCUGCGGCCUUCUGGCCUCACGUGCAUCGACGAGUAAUUAUUGGAUUAAUUAUAGCUCAACUUCUUCUAAUGGGAUUGUUUAGCACGAAAGGCCUUGCAAAGUCAACAUCAUUGCUUAUUGCACAACCUAUUCUGACUAUUUGGUUCCAUAGAUUCUGCAAGGGACGUUUUGAAUCUGCAUUCCUGAAAUUUCCAUUACAGGACGCAAUGGUGAAGGAUACACUAGAACGGGCUACACAACCAAACCUCAAUUUAAGAGCCUAUCUUAAGGAUGCUUACGUACAUCCUGUCUUUAAGGGUGGGGAGUUGGAGAGACCCGUCGCCAUUGAUGAAGAAGAGAGCAAUCCACUUGUAGCGACGAAGAGGAAGUCUUCCGGGAAUAGUAGACAUGGUUCUGAGACCGGCUCUGAAGCCGGUGUACGAUUUUAG